AUGGAACCAGGGAUCUCCAACCAGUCAUUGAUUCUCUCUUACACUGACUUUAUUCUCUUGGGUUUCCCUGGGAUAUCUCGAUGGAGGCCCCUCCUGGCAAUCCCAUUCUUUUCAGUGUACUUAGUUAUCCUGAUUGGGAAUUCUCUCAUCAUCUGCCUCAUCUGCGUUAAGAAGUCUCUCCAUUCCCCCAUGUAUUUGCUCAUCUCUGUGCUCUUUGCCAUUAACAUCUCCAGCAUUACCACCAUGUUGCCCAAAUUCCUCCUAGAGUUGUUAUUUCACCUCAACCAAAUUUCCCUCAGUGGUUGUCUUCUGCAGAUGUUUUUUAUUUAUUUCAUAACAUGCUGUGAGUCUACUGUACUUCUAUUGAUGUCCUUGGACAGAUACGUAGCAAUCUGUAGGCCACUGCGUUAUCAUAACAUCAUGACCAAAAGUCUCCUGACCUGGCUCAUAGUCAUUGUAAUAAGUCGGAACUUCAUCUUUAUUUGCCCACUGAUCGUACUUGUCUCCAUGGUCCAGUUUUGCAAGUCGAACCUCAUCCUGAACUUUAUGUGUGAAAACAUGGCACUUCUCAGUCUUGGAUGUGGAGACACAACCAAACCACAGAUUGCUGGGUUAAUUGUGCGCAUCAUUGCCACUGUACUUGAUGGUAGCCUACUCUUGAUUUCCUACUCAACCAUACUUUACACGGCCAUGAAAACUGCUACUGGAAAAUCCAGACACAAAGCUCUAAACACCUGUGGGACACACUUGCUGGUGGCAAUGGUGGUCUACCUGUGUGCAUUGGCAUCUACCUUAGUGCAGAGAAUGGAGACGACUAUUUCAGCAGAUGUUAAGAAUCUGUUCAUUGCACUAUACCUAAUUAUCCCAGCUACCUUAAACCCUUUUAUAUAUGGAUUCAGAGUGUCAGAGAUCAGAAAGAGCCUGGUGGAAUACUGGAGAGAAAAAAAGAACCCGUUUUCCUCAUCAUAAAA